AAGAGAAGGUACUUGAAAGAAUAAAGAAUACAGCUUAGUUAAUACUCCUUAGUACUCUUCAUAUCACUACCAAUGGAUUUUUUUAGAGGACUUCCAUUUUUGGAGUUGCGGACCCUAACAACAGGACAUAGGAGAGAAACUUUUGGAGCUUCAGACCACGUGGAUUGUGAUUGGGAAGGUUCUACAAUUGAAGAUAUUGAAAACGCUGGACAAAAUAGAGAAGAAGGUGCUCCUUUGGAAAAUGGUCUACCGAUGGAGAUAGACUCUCUUGAUUCUCUUCCGUUCAUCUCUCCCUCUUCAUCAAAGAGGGAGAGAUGAACUCUCCCCAGCCAUACCCCUAACGAUGACCCUCCCCUCAGUGACGACCACUCUCCCGUCAGGUUACUUAAGAGACAGAGGAGGUGCCUCGAGUAUAAGGCCUGCCUGAGAGAGAAUGAUUGUGGAAAGUGUACCAAUUGCCUUGACAAGCUAAAGUUUGGAGGCCCAAGGAGCAAAAAGCAAGCUUGCAUUCACAGAAAGUGUUUGAAUCUAAUUCGUGAAGCAGCAGUCAAAUCUUCUCAACCAAACAAAAGAGUUCAAUCUUCAGAUUCUCAUGCUCCUCCCUCAAAGCGUCCCCUGAGAGAGGACGGAGGAAGUGGUCCCAUGCUUAGUUCCCCGAGGCCUUGUCAUAUCCUCCCCUCGUCUCAAAGCAAAACCAAAGACAAUCAACCAGUGAUACAGCUGUACUCGCCACCAGCUGCCCCUCAGUCAUCACAGCCACAGUGCACAGGUCCAUAUUGUAACAGGAGCAGCAAUGAUCUGACACUAAAGACAUUCAUUGGUGAUGCACCCAAUGCUAAUGAUGAGUUUAUUAUGUUUGCUGAUCCGAGUUUAUCAGUUUUUAGUGCCGAGAGUGCACUGGAUGAUGUACCACAACACAGGAUCACAGGAUUCAGUGUUUAUGAUAAGAACCAUCACCUCUAUCAUUUUGAUACCGGGUUGGUAGAGAAGAAUGUGGAACUGUUCUUUAGUGGUUGGGUCGAACCCAUAUAUGAUGAGAACCCUGAUCCCUCCGAUGGUAUACCUAUGAGACAGCUUGGUCCUAUUAACUCAUGGUGGAUUGCUGGAUUUGAUGGAGGAGAGAAAGCACUUGUGGGUUUUUCUACAGCGUAUGCUGAAUACAUACUGAUGGAUGCUUCAGAUGAUUAUGCUGACAUCAUGGCAUCAGUACAGGAAAAGAUAUAUCUAAGCAAGAUUCUUAUUGAGUACUUGGAGGAAUUCCCAGCUGUUACGUAUGAGGACUUAUUGAAUAAGAUUCAAACAUCAGUUCCACCUCAAUCCAUCGGAUGCACUUCAUUCACUGAAGACUCUUUACUGAGACAUGCACAGUUCAUUGUGGAACAGGUUGAGAGUUAUGAUCAGUACUGUGAUGAGGAUGAGGAUUUCUUGCUAGUGUCUCCAUGCAUGAGAGCAUUAAUAAAACUAGCCGGGGUCACACUGGGAAAAAGACUUUCAAGCCGAUGCCCACACCAACCCAAAGUCAAAAAGACCAAGCAAACGAAAGCGAUCUUUGAGACGUUCUUCAAGAAUCAGAUUGAUAACAAAUCCAGCUCCGCCCCUCAUAGGAGGAGGUGUGGUGUCUGUGAGACGUGCCAGCAGCCCGACUGUGGCAAGUGCAAUUCUUGUGCUGAUAUGGUCAAGUUUGGUGGAACUGGAAGAUCAAAGCAAGCUUGUGUUAACAGAAGAUGCCCUUAUAUGGCCGUACAGAUGGCCGAAGAAGAGGAAGAUAAUGAUUCAGCUGAUCCUGACUUGAAGAAUGUGAAAGACUUGAAGUCUCCAUCAAAGAAGAUCAAGAAAAUAAAGACAAAAGUGGAGUGGAUUGGCAAACCAAUUUUUGUUAAAGGAGACAAAAGCUACUACACUGAAGUCCUCAUUAACAACAAAGAGAAGGUCUGCUUAUAUGAUGUGGUGUCAGUCUGUCCAGAAGUGCUCGAUGACCCACUCUACCUCACACGCAUCAUGUCAAUGUAUGAGGACUCAAACGGAAAGAAAAUGUUUCACGGAUGGUGGUUUCAUUGAUCUACCGGUACCAUAUUAGGCGAGACUGGAGAUCCACUGGAGUUGUUCCUUAUCGACGAUUGUGAGGAUAAUCCUCUUGGGGCUAUCAUGAACAAAGUGGAGGUUGAGGAGAAGCCUCCUGUCAGUAACUGGUUCAUGUGUGGUGGGGAGGAAGUGCCUGAUGGUGAAAAAGAGAUUGAGGAAGAUGGGAAGACAUUUUUUGUUCAGAAAUACUAUGACCAGUCUUUGGCACGUUUUGAAGACAUUCUGAGCGAAUACAUAAGAUACUUGAUACCAGAUGAUGCCGACCCACCCACUGAUGGUUUCAUACCUCGGUGUGCUUCUUGUGAGAGAAGAAAUCACAUGAAAACUGUACAUUCUGCAGUUCCUAUCAAUAAGAGAAAUAAGAGAGUCAGAGAAAUCAAAGAUUACAAACUACAGGUCAUUCCAGUUAAUUUUGAUGAGUCUGAAUACCCUGAGAAGUAUCGAAAGGUUUCUGAUUACGUCAAAGGUAGUAACAUUGACUCUCCUAGUCCGUUUCAAAUCGGUCAAGUAUUAGACAUAUUUUCUAAAUCAUCGGGAGGUUUACUAAUUGAUAAUAAUGAGAUUGUUCACAUUAAACUGAGAAUGUACUACAGGCCACAGGAUACACACAAAGAAGAUGAAGCUACUGCACAAUAUGACCUCAAUUUACUCUAUUGGAGUGAUUUAGUGACUACAGUGGUUGCUGGUGAUGUUGUUUGUGGAAAGUGUUUUGUGAAAUUCAAGGAAGACAUUACCGAAGACAUUGACUCAUACUUCUCCAACAAGCCAAACCACUUUUACUUUGUAGAGACUUAUUGUGCUGAUACUAAAGAGUUUGAAGACCCUCCAAUACACGCAAGGAACAAGGGGAAAGGAAAGGGUAUAUCAAAGGGUAAAGGUAAGGGUAAAGGACCUGCUAAAGGAUCAAAGGAAAGCAUCACCACCACCAGCACUGAUGAUGAUAAGAAAGAUGAUAUCACUCCUGAUAGUAGUUUCAAGAAACUGAGAAUGCUUGAUGUGUUUGCUGGCUGUGGAGGAUUAUCUGAAGGUUUCCAUCAAGCUGGAGUAGCUGAUUCAUGUUGGGCAGUUGAGAUUGAUGAACCAGCUGCUCAAGCUUUCAGACUUAACUACAGCCAAACAACAGUAUUCACUGACGACUGUAAUAUACUGCUUAGUUUAGUAAUGGAGGGUGCUAAAACUAACUCCAGAGGUCAGUCCUUGCCUCAGAAAGGUGAUGUUGAGUUGUUGUGUGGUGGACCUCCUUGUCAAGGAUUCAGUGGAAUGAACAUAUUUAAUUCAAGAGAAUAUUCUCAAUUUAAGAAUUCACUUGUCAUCUCUUAUUUAAGUUUUUGUGAGUAUUAUCGUCCUCAAUUCUUUCUACUUGAAAGUGUCCGUAAUUUUGUGUCCUUCAAAAAGAGCAUGGUUCUUAAACUAACACUGCGCUGUCUAGUAAAGAUGGGCUAUCAGUGUACGUUUGGUGUCUUGCAAGCAGGUCAAUAUGGAGUACCUCAGACAAGAAGAAGAGCUAUUAUACUUGCAGCUGCCCCAGGAGAGAAGCUCCCUCACUUUCCUAACCCAACUCAUGUGUUCAGUCCAAGGGCCUGUCAAUUAACUGUAGUGGCCAAUGACAUUAAGUAUGAGGGGAGUAUAAGAAUGGACUCAGCUCCCUACAGGACAAUUACUGUCAGAGACUCUAUGUCAGACCUGCCUCACAUUAAGAAUGGAUCAGCUGUACGCUCCAUGAAUUAUAAUGGGGAGCCACACUGUCACUAUCAGAGACUGGUGAGGGGAAAAUCACAUAGUGGUAAUCAGCACCAGCCAGUGUUGUAUGGUCAUAUAUGCAAGGAGAUGAGUCCAUUGGUUGCUGCCCGUAUGAGGUACUUACCAAUUGGGCCUGGAUCAGACUGGAGGGACCUCCCUAAUAAAUGUAUUAGACUCUCUGAUGGAACUACUGCACCCAAACUUCAAUAUACUCAUCAUGAUAAAAAGAAUGGGAGACAUAAGAAUAAGUCAUUAAGAGGUGUCUGUUCCUGUGCCACUGGUCAACCUUGUGACUCUUUUUACAGGCAGUAUGGGACCCUUAUAAUGUAACCAUGGUGCUUACCACAUACAGGUAACAGACACAAUCAUUGGGCGGGGCUUUAUGGAAGGUUAGAAUGGGAUGGGUUUUUUAGUACGACAGUUACGAAUCCAGAACCAAUGGGGAAGCAAGGUCGUGUCCUUCACCCAGAGCAGCAUCGAGUGGUGAGUGUGAAGGAGUGUGCCAGGUCACAGGGAUUCCCUGAUACUUUCCAUUUCUUUGGAACAAUACUUGAUAAACACAGACAGGUUGGUAAUGCUGUCCCACCUCCAUUGGCUGAAGCCAUUGGUUUAGAAAUAAAGAGAUCAGUAGAGAAGAAAGAUAAAUAACACUAGGAACUAUCUAUGCAUCACUGCUUUUAACUAAAAGGAAAUUAAUGUUAUAGAAUUAUCACUAAUUUAUCUAAAACCUUAAUCAUGAUUAACAGUAUAAUUUUGUCAAGUAUAAUAAGUCAGUUUGACUUGUCUACUACAACUGAA